CCCGUUUCUUAUGAUCGCAUCGUUUAUUGGUACAAUCGCGAUGGCUGUCAAAUUUUGCCUAGAGGCGUGAUGUCGCCCUUCAGUGCUGGCUGGAUAUGCGAGUUGACUAAAAGCGAUUCAGUUCCAAGAGACAUUUUCUUACUCUUUUAUUUUCUUUUCUAGCCUUCCUCGCUAUCUGUGAAGUCAGCCGUUCAACAUCGAAGAUAAUUCCAGUGUCUGGUGUACAGGAGUCGUGCUCUGGAUGAUGGAUCUUUGAUCUGUGUAUCGCCAAGCCAAACUGCUCUGUGCACACUGCAGUGUGCACGGUCGCCCACGGCCUUGUAACUGCUCCACUGGCUAAAAUUAAAGGCCAGCACUAAUCUGGGAGGCUGAUCUGGCUAGACCCUGGGGGCUGGGCGACGCAUGACCGAAGUCUAGCAAAACUACUUUCUUUUCACAUCGACUGAACAUGAUGCGGUACGAAGUGAUCGACUAUGUAUACAAGUGCUCGCGCAGAUGGAAGGCCAUCUGAUCUCACGAGCUAUCCCGUGAUGAGCAGCUUGGUCUUCGCUGGGGCUAGAUCGUGGCCUCCUAUUCGGCAUAGCGUGACGGACCUGCCCCUUUGAUUGGGCGGAGCCCCUGAUCAGACUGCAAUUUCAAUUUUCAACAUCUGGAGCUGGCAAGAACUGGCAAAGGCUGAACAAUCUGGAAGAUAGAAAGCAAAUAGGAAAUGUCGUCCUUUGGGUGGUAGGCCAGUAAUCCUCCGGCCUGUUGUGCCAGCUGUGCCAGCCUAUCGACUGAAGAAAGGUGCACCCCUGCUUGACAGCGCAGCAAUUGACAGGUUGAAACAUGGUUGGCUGUUUUGCUUCAUUAAGCGUGGGUUGCGGCGACAAAUGGGAGCUGAGCUGCAGCACCAUUCUCCCCGCGUAAAGCCAGGACAAGGCCGUUGAUUGAAGUAUCCCCAGCCGAUCGGGAGUCUUACAAUGCUGGCUGUGAUAGUAGUCAAUGACAAGUAGAUGGCAGAGCCUGCUGAUUUGUCCAGAGGAACUGAUAAUUGAUCGCUCUGGAGCCUGGCGGGGGAAAGAACCAUGGCUCCAGGAGUCUGUAUUUUGCGGCAUACUAAAUUUCACCCCUGAAACGAGUAGAUCCUCAUCAUCAUCCAUUAUCAACACCCUCUCUUCUUCGUCCCUCUUCUUCGAUUUGACUUCAUUUCUUCUUCUUCCUCGUUUUUCCCCUUUCCUCCCCACGUACCACGAUCUAGCUGUGGCUCCGCUCGUCAUCCGGCUUGCUGCACGCUAGACGUGUUGUGCUGCAGGCGAUCCUUAGGCACACCCCCGUUGGCCUUUGCUUUUUUUCCCGUUAUUUUUUUCCCAUCGUUUAUCUAACUUAAUUAUCUCCCUCCGCCUCAAUUCCUCCCAUCGCUUCGAACUGCGCGACCUAUACCUCGCCCUUGUGAUCAUAGACCGUUCGAUUUUCCUGAUACACUACUCUACCCCUGUCCACGGCUCCGUCAUCGCGCGACCCUGAACCACUUUCCCGCUUACUUGCUCCAAUCUGGAAAAUCAAUAAUUCGGCCGUUGGGCAUCAUCGACGACCAUUCCGCUGUCUUGGUGUUGGCCGCGUCUCUCGGCGGAAGAAAAACCAGAGAGCUCAGAACAUAAAAUGUCUUUCUUUUCUCGCGUUUUCCGGAGCAAGGACUCCAAUGCCGCCAAAAAGGGCUCCAAAUCCCCUGCGGCAGCAAGCACAGUGCCUGCGAAGCCCGCAUGGACCGAUGCCUGGCAACGAACAGAAAUCGCACCAGAAGAAGUCCAGCAGCUUCUGAGGGCUUGUACCCAGGAGUUUAAGGCACGAGCUCUCCAAACUCCGUUCAUGCUACUGCCAUUCCGCCCGAGCUCCGAUACUGUUACUGCUCGUACUUUUAUACGUAAUUAUUUUAGCCAGUCUAUGAAACGGGGAUCGCCUUUUGCUGGAGAUGAAUUGGCGCAAGAAUUGCGACUUACGGACCCGAUGGUCUUGUGCAGCAUAAUGAAAUGGUGCUGGAGUAGACUCCCUGGAGGAGUCGUGACCUGGGAAGCUUACGAGUUGUUCAAAGUUGGCGAACAAGACUCGCAAUUUGCGCGCGAUGCAUUUUCGACCUUCAUCCCUAUCAGCGUAGAUUCGGACGCGCGAACAAAGAUCAUCUUCGAUUUCUUCGACCUUCUCACUGCCAUUGCAGCGCAUGGCAAGUCCAACGGUCUAGGAGGCCGGAAGCUCUCUAGGUAUGCUGGAUGGUGGGCGUUUGAACAUACCGAUACUGGAAACGGGUUCGAAGCCGCCUACAAAAACUGGGCAAGCGCUGCGGACGCAACGAGUCAUUUGUUCUUUGCCUAUCUACGAUCGCUUUCGCCUGACACUCCUCGUGGCCUGAGUGGUAUCUCAGCCCUACCUAUCGCGUUGCAGACCCUGGUUCAAGCGACAGAAUACCCACCUGAGACGCCCACGCUUCUUCAAGUAUCUACCACGAAAGUUGUCAUGAUAGUUGACACGGUUUCUCCCACACCCUUCGCCCUGCUGCGCCGCGCAAAGAACUUCGAGUACAGGGAUAGCGAUCACCAUCUGCAAGAAUUCGCCGGCUACGAAGAUCCACUCAAGGCCCUUACUGAUGAAUGUUUGCGAGUUCUAAAAUGUAUCUCUUCUACCAACCAGUCUAAUGCCGUUUCUGAGCCAUCUGCGUCCAAUCGCGAUGCGUCGUGGUCUCGAUUUGAGGAUCUUGGGUUCGGAGGCGCGCUGGACGCUACGCUUGAAGAAAGCAGUAGCAUCUCGACUUCAGCCCCGAAAGACUUUGGAGGCAGUCUGAGGUCAGUGCCUCAUUCUGGUGGAGGUGACCUUGGUCGUCCGACAACCCCAUCUUGGGCAGAUUUUAUGUCGUCGGGUUUUAGCGGCGACGACAGCGCUUCUUUCAAGGCCCCAGUUGCUCCUCUAUUGCUUCCGCCUGACAAGGUUCUACCUCCGAUCGCUGCUGUCCGCGGCCAAAGCUCCCAAUCCCACAAACGUGGUCUGAACGGUCUGAACGACGAAACAUCCAUAGAUCCGGGCGAGUUGGCGAGUAUUGCCAAUCUCGAACUAGAUGACUCUUUCUGGUGGGUUUGGAUCAGCAGUUUGGCCGGUGAAGAACCUGCUGCUCGUAAAGCGGUUUUCGGACGAUGUGCUUUGCUGGAAACAGUUAUCAGAAACGCAAAAUGGUUAGUCCUGGAGGAGCAGGUCAAGGGUGCAGCGCCUGAGCCUGAGCCAGGUGCGUACAUUGUCGAAAAGAAGAGGUUUUUUGGCUUUUCCACCCGACGAAACAAGCUGGGUCGUCGCAAGUCUUCGGCCAAGAAAAUCAACUCCGUGGAGGACUCGUACAAGCGGCCGAACAACCAAGCGCCGCAUAGCAAAGCCAGUAUUGCUCCGGACCAACAUGCCCGUAUUCAAGCUGCCGCUGCUGCACUGCAGAGAAAACACCGGGAGGAGCAGGAGCUUGCCAAUGGCACGAAGUCCAAUGCGGCACAAUAUUCAUCCUACUCAACGAAGACCAACUCCAUAAUGACGCUGCAGCCAUCAAUUCUGAACGAAGCAUCCCAGGCCAUGAAGUGGGCUAGUAACUACGACAAGCACGCUGUCAGAGCUGCCUAUCUGAAAGACAGUCGUGCUGGCACUGGUGCUGUGACCGAUGAGCAGAAGGAACAGCCAACUCCCUCGAUUACAGCCAGUACAAAACAGCCACCGGCUGCUCCGCCAAAGGACGCUACUCCCGCUGAGACUACGACAGCGCCAAAUGUAACCCAGAAAAACGCCGACGAAGCGAAAGUCAGUACCAAGCCUGUAGCGAAAGCGACUAUGGCGCCCCCUCCCAAGGAUUCCGUAGACGCGGACGUACCUCACAAACUCAAGAAGAAACCAGCUAACACAGGAUUCAAGAACAUGUUUGGAGCCAGCAAGAAGAAGGAACCCGAAGCAAAGCCGCCCACCAAACCAACCCCAGCAGAGGGCUCGGCCGUCGCUGCUGCUCGUGCCGCGUUGGAGGGCAAGGCAAAAGCAUCGCAGGGCAACGGACCCGCCACUCUGAGGAAAAAGCCGGCUCCUGUAGCAGCCCCUGUGAAACCCACCAAGGCGGAUACAAAGGUCGCACCGGAACCACCAGCUGUUGUAGCACCGGCCCAACCCAGUGCACCUGAAGCUCAGGCCCCACCAGCUCCUUCUCCCCAGGUCAUGACUGAUAAACCCAAGAUCCGCCGUGAGGCUGAGUAUGAUGCACUUUCCCGUGUGGAUACAAACGAACAAGUAGCGGCGGACCGCGAAUUCUCCAGAUUUGACCAGGGGCCCCUCUUGGACCAGCCAGCAUUUGCUCCUGAGGAUUCGCCCACCCAGGAGACGCUGCCCGAGAACGCAAAGAUUGAGCCCGUCUCUCCCCCCAGCUCUCCUCCACGCGGCGGCAACAACACAUCCCAGGAUCGAUGGGCCCAGAUUCGGAAAAAUGCAGCGGAACGGGUUGCGCAGGCCGAAGUGCGGACAAGUACUGCUGAUGAUGAUGGCGGCAACACCAGUGAAGAAGAGAGCUUCGAAACACGUGCUGCCCGCAUCAAGGCUAGGGUGGCCGAGUUGACCGGCAACAUGCAAGCUGCCAACCGCCCUUGAGGAUAGACACCGGUUACUACCUCUCUUUCUUAUUUAUCUUCCGCUCAUCUUGAUACCUAUACACGUCGAGUUCUGCAUCUAUUCCCCUUCUUGAAUAGCUAUAUUCCCCACCGAUGUUGACCUAAUCACCUUUCUUGAGAUAAACCAUCUCAUGGCCCCUGCCUCCCCUGUCCCGAAGCUGCAACGCAACGCAAGACAGACGAACGCCGUGACGCCAUGUUCUUUACGAUUGUUUUGAAAGCCUUGUAAUCGUUACCCAUUUCUCUCUUCGUGGCCGCUGCUUCAGGCCCUUUGUCCCAGCGCUCUGUCACUGAACCUCCCUUUGCUUUUCCUCCCUCUGGAGACUGUUAUAUUCCCCAUCUUGUCUUUGUAUUAGUCGAACUUGAUUUGAUCUAUACAUGCUUUCCUUGACUGGUUUCAUAUCUAUCUGUCUAUUUAUAUCCUAUAUCGAUAUGCCUCAGCUCUGACCACACUCUCGCUAAGCAUGUAUCUCUCUGCCUAUCCUGCCUUCAGCUCUGUCUUCCCCCUUCUAUCUAUCUAGUAAAGGAACAAAAAGUGAAUAAAUGAUCAUCAGCCAAAAG